AUGGUUAGGACAAACCGCACUUUAUAUCCUGCGAGUAUCUUGGGUUCAGGCACAUUACCCACCACAAGCGACCCGCCACUCGACGCUUCAAAUCUAACGUCGCGUUCAACGUACGCUCUGCGUGCUUCCCAGAAGGCUCUGCGCAUGUACCCUGGACACUUGACCAACUGGGCUGUUUUUGUGUCUGCUGUAACUGCCAAUGGUAUUGCAGUGGAGAGCGUGACUAGAGAGAAAGGUUUACACCGCCUUGCUCUGAAGCUAUCAAGAUAUGUCAGUUCUAAAGCUUCUCAAGAAAAAGAUGAUCUCCUACAGAGCCUCGGUACCAGGCCCUCAGGGUCACACGCGUCGCUUGCUGACGCUGUCUACAAGUGGACCGUGCUUCACACGGGCUACUGCUUGCUGAACUGCGGGCUCACGCAGGAAGCUUUGCAGCACUGUGAACAAGUCCUUGCUGCAUAUAGCGAUGUUCCUCAGCUAUCAACCGAUGUUCACUUCCUCAAGGAUCGAGUUUUACUGCAGAUGGGGGACUCGCUGGAAACUGGGCUAAACUCGCUCCAGGCCUCCGUGCUGUCGAGUCCACACCACUCUGCGCAUGCGUGGGAGCUCGUCGCACAAGUUCAGAGCAAACUGGGCGCACCCAUGGCGGCUGAGCUGUGCUAUCGCCAAUGUCUCCAGGCAGGAUCUGGCAAAAGAUCAACAAGUUGGCGCCUAGUCCCCCUUAUUCGACUGGCUCUCCUCGCUCUGCAACAAAUCCAGGCUAACGAGGCUAACCGUGAGCGAUGGGAGGCACUGUGUACCGAGGCGUCGACCGAGGUUCUGAAACUCGACCCAAGUUGCACUGCAGCCAGACUUAUCCAGGCAGUUGCACAGUGUAUUCUUGGAAACACCAGAUCAGCCAGGCGUUCCUUGCAGUGUGUUUGCGACACGAAAUCUGCCGCGUCACUAGUGGCCCGAUACUGGCUCCUUCAGCUUCCGUCUAAAUAA